AAGCGCACUUGACAGCUUGCCAGGUUAGAGGGAAAACGCACGCGCGCGCACACACACACGCCGUUCAUGGAAGGAAACCAGACCUGCUGAAUUUCUACCAUCCAUCUACGUAUCAUCCAUCCUCCAGCAGAGGCAGAUGCUUUUCAUGUAGCCUCUCCAUCUCUCUGCAUCAUUUUCUCUCUGGAUUAGCGAUGUUUCUGCUCUAACGCACAGAUGAUGACAGCGUGAGCAGCGGUGCUGAAGCUGUUGAGACGCACAAACACCGCAACCGCUUUGUUGGAUCAGAUCUCUCGUGACUGGACAUGAAUUCGGCGGAACAGACGGUUACAUGGCUGAUCACGCUCGGGGUGUUGGAGUCGCCAAAGAAGACCAUCUCGGAUCCUGAAGCGUUUCUGCAGAGCUCGCUCAAGGAUGGCGUGGUGCUGUGCAGGCUGCUGGAGCGGCUCAGUCCGGGCUCCACGGAGAAAAUUUACCAAGAACCAAAGAACGACGGCGAGUGCUUGAGCAACAUAAAGGAGUUUCUCAAAGGCUGCACAUCGUUCCGCGUCGAGCCAUUCGAGGCCAGUGACCUGCUGCUGGGACUCAACUUCUCAAAGGUGCUGAGCAGUCUGGUUACGCUGAACAAAGUGACUGCAGAUAUCGGCGUGGGCAGUGAUUCGGUGUGUGCCCGACACUCUUCAGCCCACCGCAUCAAGUCGUUUGAGUCGCUGUCUUCUCAGGCUUCACUGGGCCGAUCCUCCAAGCUGCUGCAGAACCAGUUCCGCAGUCUGGACAUGUCAGAAAACAGUGGACAGCAGCUGCUGGUGAGGGCACGUUUCAACUUCCAGCAGACCAACGAGGAUGAGCUCACCUUUGACAAGGGGGACCUGAUCGGUGUGACUCGUCAGGAGGAUGGCGGCUGGUGGGAGGGCACGCUCAAUGGCAAGACCGGGUGGUUUCCUAGCAACUAUGUCCGUGAGGUCAAAGGCUCUGACAAGCAAGUGUCUCCCAAGUCUGCUACUCUCAAGAGUCCACCGAAAGGCUUCGACACGUCUGCGAUCAGCAAGACGUACUACAACUUGGUGUUGCAAAACAUUUUAGAAACAGAGACAGAAUAUUCCAAGGACCUUCAGAGCCUCCUGACAAACUACCUGCGACCUCUUCAGUGCAUUGACAAACUGAGCUUCUCGGAUGUGGCUCUCAUUCUGGGAAACCUGGAGGAGAUCAGCACCUUCCAGCAGAUGCUCGUCCAAUCACUGGAGGAGUGCACCAAGCUUCCAGAAAGCCAGCAGAGGGUCGGGAGCUUCUUCCUCAACCUCAUGCCACAGAUGAAAGCUCUGUAUGUCAGUUACUGCUCCAACCACCCAUGUGCAGUGAAUGUGCUCACCCAGCACAGUGAGGUGUUGGGGGAGUUCAUGGAGGGGAGAGGUGCAGUCACUCCAGGGAUCCUCACUCUGACCACAGGCCUCAGUAAACCCUUCAUGAGAAUUGACAAAUACCCCACCUUACUCAAAGAACUGGAGAGGCACAUGGAGGAGUCUUCUCCCGACAGGCCAGACAUUCUGAAGUGCAUGGCGUCUUUCAAGAAUCUCUCUGCUCAGUGCCAGGAGGUGCGGAAGCGCAAGGAGCUGGAGCUGCAGAUUCUCACUGAGACCAUCCGGCUGUGGGAGGGAGAUGACAUCAAGACCCUGGGCUCAGUGCUCUACAUGAGUCAGGUCUUAGUCCAAAGUCCUGGCUCUGAGGAGAAGAAUGAGCGUUACCUCAUGCUCUUCCCUCAUGUGCUCCUCAUGUUGUCUGCCAGCCCCAGGAUGAGUGGCUUCAUAUUCCAGGGAAAACUGCCUCUGACCAGUAUGACCGUGAACAAGCUAGAUGACUGUGAAGCCCACAAAAAUGCUUUUGAGCUCAAUGGUCCCCUGUUUGACCGUCUCCAUGUGGCGUGCAACAACCAGCAGGACCUGCAUGACUGGGUGGAACACCUGACCAGACAGAUCAAACACACCACAGCUACAGCACCCAGCCACAAACCCCUCACUGUUCCCUGCCACACGCUCCCAUCUCACCCCCUAACUCCAUCCCGUCAUGCCGAGAGCAGGGCCAUGACCGUGGCCCCCACCUACCACACCUUGCCUCACCCCUCCUCCCAUGGAACAUCCCUCAGCACCAUGAUGUGGGGUCCACUGGAACCACCCAACACCCCAAAACCCUGGAGCCUAAGCUGCUUACGACCCGCACCCCCACUACGGCCCUCUGCCGCCCUCUGCUAUAAGGAGGAUCUUAGUAAAAGUCCUAAGAGUGUGAAGAAACUCCUUCCCAAACGAAAGCCUGAGAGAAAACAGUCGGAGGAGGAAUUUGCUUUGAGGAAGAGUACAGCUGCUCUGGAAGAAGAUGCCCAGAUUCUCAAAGUCAUUGAGGCGUACUGCACCAGUGCCAAAACCAGGCAGACUCUGAACUCCACCUGGCAGGGCACUGACCUGAUGCACAACCACGUCCUGGCCGACGCUGACCGGUCCUGUGCGGACUCGUCGGGCCGCCGUAGCAGCGUGUCACGGCCAGAACUGUCCUCUGACCUUUCGGAGGACUCUGACUAUGACUCCAUCUGGACCACCCACAGUUACAGGAUGGGCUCGGUGCCGCGCAAGAGCUGCAUCUCUCACCAGAACUGAAGAUUGCUGCAUUGUCGUGCUGUAAUGUAACAUACAGCACAUUUACCUCUUUUACCUUCAAGGAAAUUAGAUUUUAAUUUAUUUAUUUAUUUUCUAUUUUCUAUUAGUUCAUUUUUUUUUGUGUUAAAUUAUUUGGUUUUAUUUAUUUUUCCGACGGUUUGUUUGAAGAUGUUCGACGCAUCUCCCUAUUGCCUUUGCCACUUUCCCUUUUUUGUGCCUCCUCUCUUUCUGUAGCUGUCAUGCAGUAAGUGUUAGGUACUUUGUGUUCAUUUAUCUUGAAUGUGACCACUCCCCUUGUCUGACCAUAAACACGGUGCACUCUCGCAGCAGAGAGUAAAGGGAAGUCGGAGUGGAAUAUUAUGGGGGAGGGAGAGAUGGGGACUGAGCUUUUCCUGUCUGAUAUUCAGAUGCAAUUCAGGAACGAGUGUAUUCUAUUUACCAUAUACUACUUCUCUCCAGUAUGUGAUUUUAGAGUAUGUAUGCUCAAACAUAGCACAGGUGUGCCACAUGCGUGUGCGCACACACACACACAUACACACAGGUUGAGGCACACGUGCCCCUGCUGCCUGAUAAUAUAGCAGCAUGCAAAUGUAAUAUCCAAAUUAUUAGCAUUUUAUAUUAUUGCUGUUUUCAUAAUUUUCCAGUUUUCUUCAUGUUCCCAGCCCUAAGCAGAAUAACACUCAACCUGACCACUGCUGAAUCAUUGAUGUUCUUGCUGACUUAAACUGUGUGUGAAAUUCAGUCAGUCUUUGUUGUAGCUGCUACAGAAAGGGGAGAUCAUCACACAUACUCCACUCCCAAAUCUAGUGUCAAGCUUUUUUUACAAACUGGAUAAAAGCUCAUGGAUUGACAGUUGUGAAUUUCAGGGUCCUAUUCACUCACAUUACAAAAGUUUUAUUUUAAAACAUACUUCUCAUAGUGCCUGGCCUUUUGGAUUUAUUUAUCUGAUCUGUUUUGAAAAACCUGUAGUUCUUCUUUAGAAAACAAUGUUCUCUUAAACUGGAUCAUUUUCUGCAGUUUUGGGAAGCAAUGAAUGUUUAAAAGUCAAAGAAGUGGAAGAAAUUCCAUUUUGAAAUAACUGUACACGUUUGGAGGCAGAAUGACCGUACAAACUAUCUUCAUGACCAGAUAUCAACACUAAAGUGAAGUGUGACUCUUUUUUUAGUUCACUUUUUUGAUAAUUAACUGUGUUGUCUAGUCUCCGACGCAUCAUCCUUUAAACCAAACACAGGGUUAGAUUUCCCAUAUAUAUCAUCUUGUGUCAACCUCACUAGUUACUUUAUUCAUGAAAUAAAAGCUUCUCACACAGAACCAGGCAGAAACUAAUACAUGGUAAACUACAACCAUACACAGCUCCAGUCCUGGAAUAGUUAAAGGAAUAGUUUGACAUGUUGGCGACAUUGAUGUUUGUGGAAUAGCUUUUCCUGAGUUAGAGGUGAAGAUACUGCUCUCAUGUCUGUUCUUUCAGUCUGGAUCUAUACUCAUGCAGUGUGUAGGAUUUAGGGGGAUCUAGCAACACAAAUCCAGAUUUUAUUGUUAAUUUAUUUUCAUUUGAUUUCUUUAUAUUACACAAUAGUGUGAAUUCUCCUCAAAGGGAAUUUGUACAGUAGCCCAGAAGGGACAAAUACUGGUCUAGGGAGGGCUUUUGGUGUUCAUUGACAUGAAUGAAUGAAUGAAUGAAGAUGAGCACGGAAUUGUGAAUAAUAUGGAGGCUAUUUUCCCUCACUGUUCACACCAAGCAUGACAUGUUUAAGUGAAUAAAACACUUGAAAAACAAAAGGUGGAGUUUCCAGAGCGAAUGAGCUGGAUCUAAAACACAAGACUGAAGAAGACAAAGGAAAUAAAAACCUGGAUAAAGACUUGCACAUGUCUAUCAGACAGUUUGAAGAUUAGAGUUGUUUUUUGUUAACAAUCCCAGAUUUACACAUACAUAAUAUUUUUUAAUGUCAAAUUCAGAUUAAAGGCCUGUACAUACUCUGCAAGAACAGAGACAUUUGUUGAAUCUCCCAACUCCUUUAUUGAACUUUAAUGAAGUGGGCGUGGUUAAUGUUGUCAUUCCCUAUGAGAACUUCCUAGGAGUUCUGCACUUGAGUUUCUCGUGAAGUAUGAAAUGUCCUGGCCAGAACUGACUUUGUUCUAGGUUAGACUGUCGCGAGACGGGUUAGUUUUACCGCACUGAGGAUGUGUUGUUGCAAUAGUAAUCCUCUUGUUCUUCUUGAGGUGGUCUAAAUCCACCUCAAGAAAAGAACAACACAUUUCUCUGUUCUUAUGGAGCAUGUACAGGCCUUAAAUGUGUGCAUCUCGGAAGAGAAACGUUGAUAAAAUCAAUCCCAUAAUGCCAGCGCAUUGCUGAGUGUGCAAAGUAUGUUCUUGGAUGAAAAAUAUUCAGUUGUUUGCAGUAUUCAUUGUCAUCCCUAGAUGUCACUAAACCCUACACACUGUUCCUUAAAUCUCAUGAUUUAAACUUUGAGUUAUGGGAACAGAAAAUAAUAAAAAAAACAUUUGAGCAAAGUCUUGAUGCUAAACUAAGCUAAGCUAAAUGCUUCUGGCUCUAGCCUUGUUGUUAGCAUACAGACAUUAGAGUGGUAUCUGAUAACACCUAUUUAGCCCUUGGGAAGAAGCUGAAAAAGUGUUUUUAAGCAGAAGUUUAACUAUUUAUCAGUGGAGCUGCUUCUUGACUCUUAGCAUAAUGUCAAAAACAAUGACUCCUGGUGUCACACAAACACCUACGCUUCUAGCCUCAUAAUCCAGACAUUGCCUUUGUGUUGUCUGGCUUGCGAGGUUUUCUACACUAUCUUGCAUUAAUAACUAUUUUUAUGAAGAAGUAUUUUUCCAGUGAUGGUAUUAAAAGUACAGUUUGGCAUCCACUAAGAGUCUAUCCUCCUCCUAUAGUGAGCAACGCGAGUGACAUGUGGAAUAUGUCGGUCUAUGGUACACUGCAAUUUAAAGUUUCUGAAUUGAUUUGUUUUUGAAUUUUUUGUACACAGGCAUUUUUUUUAUUUAAUGUAUUUGGUUUUCUGUAUGUCAAUGUUUACAAAAAUGAUCCCUGGGUGAUUCAUCUCUUCCUUUUUUUAUUUUUUUCUUCACAUUUUAUUCGUCUGUAUCAAAGUUAACUCUGAAAUUGUCAUGUAUUUGAAUUAUUUUGCACAAUCAUGUAAAGGAUUCAGUGGGUGGGUGGGGUUAGAAUCUGUUAAAUUCUGUACUGUUUGUCGUCUACCUAGAGUGUGUAUGAUAUAGUCCCUAAAGGUAGAUUUAAGUAUUCAGUGUUACUGUAAAGUAAAUGCUCAUUCGUAGUGUAAAUGCUUACCUCCAGUGAAAGCACUGAGGGUAAAAAAAAUGAAAAUCAAUAAAAAUGAGAGAGAGGCUUUGAUUAUAUGUGAAUAUUUUUAUGUGAACUACUCUGUCAACCUCAGAAUACUGUCAGAGUGGACUUGAAAUAUGAAGAGCACAUAGACUCCCUUUCUGUAAAUACUAGUCAUCGUGGAACAAGGAAAAAAAAAACCUUCUAUGAGUAUUUGAGCUAAAAGAGUAUCACUGUCCUCGACAUCUUGUGCUAUACUUUGUGACAGGUGUAUUCUGUGAUUUAAGAAACGUGAGUCAAACUGUGGGACAGGCAGGGUAACGAGACUGUCUUUGACAAAAUGUCCUCUCUGUGUGCUCCAACGCUGUGCUCAGUUCACACAUGUGACCAUGUCUUAUCUGCAAACGGCGCCUUCAGUGCAUUUGUUCUACACUGCUGAAGUGUUCAAGUCCCAAACACUGUAUUAUGCGUUUUGAAUAAAUCUGUCAUUUCGUA